GGCGCCGCGCCGGGAAGGGGAAGGGAAAGGCCGGGCUGGAGCCGCAGGUGCCGGAAGCGGCGUGGGAGCUGCCGCGGGACGCGCCAUGGUGCUGGUGGUGGUGAUGGGCGUGAGCGGCUCGGGGAAGACCACGGUUGGGUCGCGUUUGGCAGCAAAGUUGGGAUGGAAGUUCUAUGAUGCAGAUGAUUACCAUCCUCCAGAAAAUAAAAAGAAGAUGGCAGAAGGAGUACCACUAAAUGAUGAGGACAGGAUUCCAUGGCUUUGUGCACUGCAUGAUGUGUUAAGGAGAGAAGAAUCAGCUAGACAAGAUGCAGUUCUGGCCUGUUCUGCACUGAAGAAAAUAUACAGAUGUAUAUUAGUUAGUGGAGCAUCAGCACUUGAAAGCAACCAGCCAGAGAAACCAGGAGAAAACACAGUGCUGAAGAUCCUCUUUGUUCAUUUGGAUGGGCCUAUAGACCUCAUUGCUCGUCGCCUAGAGAAGAGGAGAGGACAUUUUAUGCCACCUGAAUUACUUAAGUCUCAGUUUGAUACUCUGGAGCCUCCUAGAGCACCAGAAAACUUUAUUACUAUCAGUGUAGAAAAAUCUCUUCCUGAAAUAGUGCUGGAAAUUGAAAAUGCUAUCUUUUCAGAGUGAGGCUUUUUCAGAGUUAUUUCUAAAUAAUAAAUACAGAGACUCUCUCAAGUAUGUUUGAGUUGUGAAACAGCAUUUUAAUUAUUAAGUAAGUUAACUAGAAUAACUUACUCUUCCCGAUAUUGAAAUGGAUUGCUGUAUCACAAGCUGGUUUAUUACUGUUGAUAUUUUUAUCAUGGCUCUGUAAAGGGUAUAUAACAUGGAACUUCCAAAACCCAUCCAUGUUGUUUAACUUCUUCUCCAUAUGAAGUUAAAAUUCUCAUUAGUAUGGGUGAAAGUGGAGCUACCUAAGCACAGCCUGCUUUUGAAAAUCCCAUCAAGAGUCACACCAUGAUUGAAAUUUUUGUUUUUAAUUUUUACUUUGUCAAACAUGAAGGGGAAGGGCAAAUCUGCUAUUGAGUAAUGAAAUAAUUAACAGCUUUGUGAAAAGCUGUAUUUAUUUUUGUACAAGUAUAAAAUGCAGUAACUGGAA